UCUGAUUAGGGGUUUGUUAGCUGCUAAUUAGAGCUAUUAUUUUGUUCAGCAGAGCUGUACACAGAAUACAUGUAUGGAGGGAAGGGGCAGACUGACAACUCAUGGGUCCCCUGGGCAAUAGGGGAUCAUGGGGCCCCUUUGUCCUUGGCCAAACUCAAAAAAGCCUAUGAAAAAGGUACCAGGGGCAUCUCAUGGGGCCCCAUACUGACCCCGGGCCCUCGGGCAGUGCCCGAGUUUCCAAAUGGUCAGUCCGCCCCUGAUGGA